CGUACGGUUGAUUCGAAAAAGUAGCGCCGGCAUACGAAAAUGUUAAGGAGUGAUUUCGUGCAAACAUGAAAUUGACUUAACGUGAGUGUGUGUGGAUAAGUGAAGUGAGAAUAUUUGGCUAUUAAACAUAAAUCUAAUACAAUAAAGUGAGAAAUAAAUGACCAAAUAGAAAUACUGAAGUCAAAAUUUAUGCUUCUGAGUGAUAAAUCUCGACUGAGAAAAGAGUAAAUAUUUGUAAAAAUUAUCAAAAUUUUAUAACGAAAAACUUGUGAACAGUCCAAACUUGCACAUUUACAACAACAAACCAAAAUUUAAAUUCGAAAAACUUGUGCACAGUCCAAACUUUGUGUAAUAUUCGCGUAAUAAAGGCAUAUAACAUAAGUAUUUACAACAACAAAGUGUGAUUGAAACUUGCUUCAAGAAACGCUUGCACCACAAAAAUGGUACGCAGUCUGGCACAGUGGACGAAAACCCUAAGUUUUCCUUCACGCCUCUCACCCAAUCGCAAUUCGAAAGAUUGUAGCAACUUGAAUACCACUAGUCCUGCACCGCCACCCACACCGCCCAGGAAUAAAACCACAAACAACACCAGCAACAAUAACAAUUGUUCAACAUCACGCUCCUCAACGUCCACAGUGUCAUCUUCACACUCGAACUCAACGGCACCCUCACCCACAACCAUGGGCAACAACAGCGCCAACAGCAAUUACAAUGGCAAUAACAACAAACAUAAUUUACCCAUCACGGAAUUAGAGCAAAUUAUUUACCCCGGUCCCGACCCUAAACAAGCCAUCAUGGGUUCACUCGUCUUUUGUAUACAUCACAAACAGGGCUGUAAAUGGUCGGAUGAGCUGAGAAAACUAAAGGGUCACUUGAACGUCUGCAAACACGAUGCCACACAGUGUCCGAACAAGUGCGGCGCACAAAUACCACGCAUCAUGAUGACCGAUCACCUACAGUUCACCUGCAACAUGCGACGCACCAAGUGUGAAUUCUGCCAGAGCGAAUUCUCUGGCGCCGGACUUGAGGAGCACGCGGGCACCUGCGGCCAGGAGCCCAUCUACUGCGAGGCCAAGUGCGGUCAGCGUGUCUUACGCGGACGCAUGACACUGCACAAGUCCAAGGAUUGUGCCAAACGUUUGCGUCGCUGCGUACAUUGUACGCGUGAAUUCUCGUGUGACACACUACCACUGCAUGUGGCACAAUGUCCACGCGCCCCCAUGACUUGUCCGCAACGUUGCGACGCCGGUGCUAUUGCACGCGGUGACAUGGAAGCGCAUUUACGCGAUGAAUGCAAGGCGCUGGCGAUCGCUUGCAGUUUCAAGGAGGCCGGUUGUCGUUUCAAGGGACCACGGCAUAUGCUGGAAGCGCAUUUGGAAGCAAAUGCCGCGGCACAUUUAUCACUGAUGGUGGCGUUAUCAUCGCGUCAAGGACAGCAAAUACAAAUGCUAAAGACGGCCGUCUCGAAGUUGUCCAUUAAUUAUACUGGCACUUUAUUGUGGAAGAUCACCGAUUGGUCGUCGAAAAUGACAGAGGCGCGCAGUAAAGAUGGUUUGGAAUUGGUGUCGCCACCUUUCUACACAUCACAAUACGGUUACAAAUUACAGGCGUCAAUGUUUCUCAAUGGCAAUGGUCCCGGUGAGAAUACACAUGUUUCCGUCUACAUAAAAGUGUUGCCGGGCGAAUAUGAUGCAUUGCUGAAAUGGCCAUUUUCGCACUCGAUCACAUUCACACUCUUCGAACAGGGCGCGCAAACCGGACAGGGCGGUGUAGCCGAGUCAUUUGUGCCGGAUCCCACAUGGGAGAAUUUCCAGCGGCCAUCGAAUGAACCAGAUCAAUUGGGUUUCGGAUUUCCACGUUUCAUUUCACAUGAAAUGCUACACAGACGACCCUUCAUUAAGGACGAUACAGUGUUUUUACGUGUCAAAGUGGACCCCAGUAAAAUUGUGUCGGUCUAAAGUCCCUGAAACUGGCCGGUGUGUCUUUAUUGCACACACUAACGCUUUUUUAUGUGUGCUUUUAAUUAGCAUUUAAAUGAAUACUGUGUAUUUAAUAUAGUAGGUAGUUAUGUAAGUGAGUGUAAAAGACAAGCAACAAUGCCGUCUCGAGUGGUAAACGCAAAAUAAUUCCAAAAUACAUGAAAACAAAUUUGGCAGUCACUGCAGCUUCGCGUGCGUAGACCAAGUAGCUACACUACGCGCAAGCAAAAGCAACAACAAUGACAAUGAAUAUAAAAGCAAAUUUAUGAAUAUAAAAAGGUGAAAGGAAAAACCUUACGGUGCGGUGAAGAUUUUAAUUUCUUAAAGUGGACAAGCACAAGUCAAUUUUUUUUUUUAAUGAUUUAAAACAUAUUUAAGUAAUUUUAAAAUAUUGCGAAAAAAGCGCAGUUUUCAAAAGCAACGAAAUCAGACCAAAGUUAAUGCAAACGAAAAAAGGAGCAAGAAAAAUUAAUAUUAAUUAGCAUAGUAAGCAAUAAUAAACCAUAAUGUAUACCUGUUUAGUAUAAGGAAAAUACGACACAUUAACACUCAGAAAAGUUAGCAUCUUAAGUCUUUUGUUAUGGGAAAAAAAUGUAUUCGCUUGGUGAAAAUAAUUGAUUUUAAAGCAAGCACUUUCAAAAGAUCUUCAUUUGUUUAAAUACAAACAUUUAUAGGUUAAUUUUAUUUUGUGUUCAUUAUAAUUUUUUUUUUUUGUUGGAUUAUCCAUUUUUAUUUUUGUGGCACAACUCGCCAGUAAAUGCCACUUGUGUAUAUAAUCGUUAAUAGAGACCAGCUAAGGUCUAUGGAAGUCAAUAUUAUGACCAGAAAUGACAUUUAAGCGCAUAAAUCAUUCAUUUUUUAAUUAAGUGUUGGAAAUGACAACAAUGGCAAAUACGUACAUUUGCACAAACAGCAUUAGUCAUUAGUUUAUAAGUACAGUUGUGUCUGAGUAGUUUGUAAACAUACAUUUAUACCUAUAUAAACACAUAUAGUAUAUACAUAUAAAUGCUUAUGCAUUUCUUUCAUUUCUACUAUAUAAUAAAAAUAAAGGAAAACAAUUUUAUAAUUACUUUUGAAAAUAUCAUAAAAAGCAUUAUUUAAAAAUUAAACGCUCUAU